AGAGGAAGAGAUGCAGAAGCUUGAAGAUCAUUCUGAUAUUUUGUAACUUUUGAGGGAUUACUGAAUCUCAAUAUUCUAAUUUUCAGAAUACUAAAUUCAAUGAAGUCGUUGCCACUGAACCAGGCAUGAUGUUACCAGAUUGCAGUGGCUGUUAAAUCCUUGGACAAAUUUUUAUCAAGGGGAUAAUGGCACAAAUUUUCACACGCAAGUGGGACGUUCAGAUUAGUGGCAAGAAGAAUGAUGGUGACAACUCAUGGCAGUUUUGAACUCCUACUGUAGACUCAAAUUGUUGGAUACACACAGAUGAAGACGAGAAGUUGCAAAAAAUGUGUGCGAGUGGUCCUGGGGAAUGAUCUACCCCUCGUGCAAACAUAGUUGUGGAGUCUAGAAACUGCUGAAUCAAGAGUGUGCCAUCUUGUCCUCCAGGCACUGAAGUGAUAUUCCAAGACAUUGAGUUCCGAAGCAGUGGUUUUUCAGGAUGUAUCAAUUUUGGCAUCUUAAAUUUUGAGUAUUCCUCUUACCCAGUUGAUAUUGAGAAGACAAUGGCUUAGGUUUCUGAGUUCUAACCAAUACACCGGUGGGGAUACUUAAGUACCUACUCCAUCUCAUCUACUCCAUUUAAUCAUUCUAGUUUUGGUUCUAAAAUAUGCUCUAUAUAUGCUCAACUUAUCUUAACCCAUUGUCACCAAAGCAAACCUUAUCCAAUCAUUAGAUACCCUUCAGGGCUUUUGGUCCUCCCAGCCUCAUGGCAAACCAUAUGCUCAUUUCUGCUCCAUUUAAGGCCAUAUCUUUCCUCUUCCUAGCCCUCGCCAUCCCUUGUGCCAUCUCUGCUCGAAUCCUUGAUGAGGAAGCACCUGUUACCCCGUAGCGCCUGAGGCAUCUGAUCUAGUUGAAACGCCUGUAUCCAGUGUCACUUCUGUGGCUACAGCCCCGGCUGCAGCCACCAGUACCACAGUUACCAAUACCGACCUCCACCAUACGUUGUCAUUCUUCAUGCAUGACAUUCUUGGUGGAUCAAACCCCUCAGCUGGGGCCGUGACUGGAAUUGUAACUAAUCCAGCGGUCAAUGGCCAAGUCCCCUUUGCCAAGCCUAAUGGUGCGGUACUUCCAGUCAAAAAUGGUGUUCCCCUCAAUAACGGCAACAGUGCACUCAUCAACAACAAUAAUAUUCCCUUCCUAACAGGCCUUAGUGGAAACACAGCUAAUGUGAUUCAAAACAAUGGAAACAACGUGAUCAAUGGAGGCUCUGGUCUUCCUGUCUUCAAUGGGGGUCAGUUCCCUGCUGGGACUAACCUUCAGAAGCUUAUGUUUGGGACAAUGACAGUUAUUGAUGAUGAGCUAACCGAAGGACAUGAUCGCGGGUCAGGUUUGGUCGGUAAGGCACAAGGUUUCUAUGUAGCAAGUUCUGAAGACGGGAGCAGCCAGACCAUGGCUUUCACAGCCAUGUUUGAGAGCGAUGGCUAUGCCAGUAGCCUCAGCUUCUUUGGUGUUCAUCGAACUGCCUCUGAAUCCCAGCUUGCCAUCAUGGGUGGCACCGGAAAGUACGUAAAUGCAGAGGGCUAUGCCACGGUUAAGACCAUUCCAGGUGCCAAUCAGCAUAAUACCGAUGGAACAGAGACCUUGCUCCAGAUUAUUGUGUAUCUUGCCCAUUAGUGCGUGGAUUAAGCAUGGCUGUUGUGUAGAACAUUUUUAUAAGAGAAUACCUUGUGCUUUUCCUACUACCUAAACUUGCAUCUUUAUUAAUCCUUC